CAUAAUGCGACAGAUAGUGGCAAGCAAAAUUUACCGGCAUCUACGGAUGACUACAUUCUGAACAUCUUUCAGUCGUCGUUGAAUCAGCUUGUUCAUAUUCUUAUAGGGAUUAUUGUGGGAGUGUCGAUGUUGUUCGCGCUGCGUGACGGUCUUCCGAAAGAUGCUACGUCACAACACGUCAUUUUGUGCGUGCUCGGGUACCAACUACUGAUGGGCCAAGCCAUCCUCAGCCUGAGCCCCCACAACGGCUGGUCGUCGCGACUGAAGCUGAUACACAAGCGCCGUGCUCACUGGAUCCUGCAGGUUCUCGGCUCCAGCCUGACCCUUGCCGGGUGCCAUAUUCAGGUCGUCGACAAGGGCGUCUCUUGGAACACAAUGUCUCAUACGUUCCAUGGAAUGUUUGCACAGCUCUCCAUGGUAUUUUCAGUAGUGUCUCUGGCAAACGGUCUCACGUCACUCUACGCCAAUGAGCUCAGUAAGAUCCGUGUUCCGCCGAGCCUCUCCAAGCUCACCCACAUCUGCUUCGGCAUCGUCGGCUUCUCCAGCGCUUCCAUCGCCCUCUGCUUCGGCUUCGACAGAAUCGAGUUCAGAAGUUGGGCCUCUGAUAGCUUUACCACGGCAAUGAUCAUAUUUGUUGCCAUAUUUACUACCAUUAUUAUUAUCAACCCAUUUAUCACUUUUUAUAAUAAAAGUCGUGUAUUAUUUAAAAAUAAUUAAUA